AUGAGACUGCUCUUCCCGGGCACGCGAGGUCGUCGCUCUACUCGGGGGUGGAAGUCCACCACCAAUGAGCACUCCAUCGAGUCAGGAGAGGAGCACGCAUUGCAUUGGGAUGUGAAGUGGUAUUGGCUCCUCAUUCGAACGGUUGACCAACUUGACCCGCGAGCCCUAGCAUUGGAGCUACCUGGAUGGGAUGACAUGGCGUCGCGUUUGGGGUGUGGCUUCGCUGCCACCAUGUCAUGUCCUUGGGCUGUAAAAUCCAAGGAAAAUCCAAGAGUCCAGGGAGGGACUGGAAUGAGGGCGACCCUGACAGUCGCGAAGAUACUCCAUGAAAACGGAGAAGAGUGUACGGCGAUGAUGACAUCAGCAGAGGAGACUCAGAGCAGAGAUGACGGGUCGAUCCUGACUGUUUUGCGAGCGAGUCUCAUCGGCCGGAACCCAGCCAGCGGAUAUGGAAACAGUGAGCCGGGAAGAUUCCUGUCCACUUCCACCAUCAUCACCAUCGCCGACACCCACCGCCUCAAAACCCCUCCUCCUCAUUCCAACGGACCGCUCUUACCGCGUCCGACCAUCAGCCCGACGACCGCGUCCCUUCGGUUCUUCGAUCCUAGACUGCUCCUCGAUAAUUUGCCUCGGACGUCGUCCUCCUUGCGCAUGAUGAGGUGGUCAAUCUUUCAACCCCUUCUUCUCUUCGCCUCCGUUCUUUCGCCUGUUAUGGCGGAGCGGAGGCUCGAGUCCAUGUCCCUCAACGAGUGUCAGGAGGGUUCGAGUUUCUCGGCUAGUCUGUUCAACGUCGUCUUCACACCAAACAACAACUCUGCAACCAUCAAGGUCGUCGCCAUCUCUUCCGUCCAAGGAGACAUCGUCUUCGACGUUGCCCUUCAGGUGUACGGCUACGAAUUCCUCCGCACCGUCAUCAACCCCUGCGAUAUCGAUCUCCACGGUCUCUGCCCCAUGAAUGCCGGAAAGCUGGAUAUUGAAUUUAACGUCAACAUUGGCGACGCCGCCGCCGAGGUUCCCGGAAUCGCCUACACCAUCCCGGACCUCGACGCCACCGUCCGCGCCUACCUCAAUAUGAGCGACACCGGCCAAAGCGUCGCCUGUGUCGAAGCUGACUUCUCCAAUGGCAAGACGGUUGACCUGCUCGGCGUCAAGUGGGCCACCGCAAUUAUCGCCGUUCUCGGCCUGAUGUCUGCCGCCAUUGUCUCCGGCCUCGGUCACACCAAUGCCGCCGCCCAUCUGGCCGCCAACACCCUGUCGCUCUUUGGUUUCUUCCAGGCCCAGGCCAUCAUCGGUCUUACCGGCAUCCGCAUGCCUCCCAUCGUCCGCGCCUGGACCCAGAACUUCAUGUGGUCCAUGGGCAUUAUCCGGGUAGGCUGGAUGCAGGACGUCUUCACCUGGUACCAGCGCGCCACCGGCGGCGAGCCUGCCACCCUCUUCGACACCCUCCGCACCGCUUCCGUUCAGGUGCAGAAGCGAUCCCUCGACUUGGCCGAAGGCGCCGCAGGGACUGCGAGACGCGGUCUCGGCCUCAUCGCCAAGCGUGCCAACAUCCAGCUGAGCUCCGGCUCUUACAUCGUCUACGGCAUUCAGCGGGUCGCCUUCCGUGCCAGGAUCGAGUCCACGAACCUCUUCAUGACCGGCCUGACCUUUUACUGCAUCUUCGUCGUCGUCACCGUCCUCCUCGUGGCCGCCUUCAAGGGCAUUUGCGAGCUGUCCGUCAGGCAGAAAUGGAUGAAGAGCGAUCGCUUCCUCGAGUUCCGCAACGGCUGGCUCACCGUCCUGAAGGGCAUCCUCUUCCGCGUCACGCUCGUCGGUUUCCCUCAGAUGUGUAUUCUGUGUCUUUGGGAGUUCACCCAGGUCGACUCGCCCGCCCAGGUCGUCCUCGCCGUCUUCUUCUUCUUCGGCAUGCUGAUCAGCCUCGGCUGGGCUUCCUUCAAAGUCAUCCGCAUCGCUCGCCGCUCUGUGUCCAUGCACCGGAACCCGGCCUACAUCCUCUUCUCCGACCCGCAGACCCUCAACAAGUGGGGGUUCCUGUACGUCCAGUUCCGCGCCUCGGCCUACUACUUCAUCGUCCCGGUGCUCUGCUACACGCUGGUCAAGUCCAUGUUCGUCGCCUUUGGCCAGCACGUCGGCGUUGUCCAGGCCGUGGCCUUCAUCAUCAUCGAGGCCGCCGCCCUCAUCGGCGCCAGCGUGCUCCGGCCCUGGAUGGAUAAGAGCACCAAUUCGUUCAACAUUGCCAUUUGCGCCGUGAACCUCGUCAACUCCAUCUUCCUCUUCAUCAUGACCAACGUGUUCGGCGCCCCGGGCGUUGUGGCCGCCGCCGUCGGCGUCGGCUUCUUCGUCGUGAACGCGGCCUUCUCCCUGAUCCUUCUCAUCAUGGUCAUCGUCUCGAGCUCCAUCGUCUUCUGGCGCAAGAAUCCGGAUGCUCGCUACCAGUUCAUGGCCGACGACCGCGUCUCGUUUAUGAAGUCGCAGACGCACCUCAACACCACCACCGAGCUGGACGCUCUGGCCGCGACCGCGCGCGGUGAUAAGGCCGGCUACAGGUCGACCCUGGACCUGGACGACGACAAUGAGUCCAUCUCGUCCGAGUCGAUGCGCCGCCGGACAGACCCCAAUCUCCAGGCCCCGAUGUAUGGCCAUCCUGCUGCCGCGCAUUCACAGACGUCGAUGCACCGCGGGGGCCCAGGUCGCUCGCCCGCGGAUCCGUCAGUGCCGCUCUUCCCGGCCGACGGCCCUCGGAGACCCUAUAGUCCCAGUUUGCGGUCGCCCAGCCCGUUUGGUGCCAAUCAAGCUGCCAACAUGCGGGCUCAGAACAACGCUAGCCCGGCCGGACAUCGAUCACAAAACAAUGCGAGCCCAAGCCCCUGGCAGCGUGGUGCCGGAUACGAACAUUAA